AUGAUCACCGCCCUGCCAUCUCAAUUCGCCUCAAUUCUUUCAACUCAGUCUCUUGGAGCUCCUGCCUUGGUGGUAGCAGAUAUCGUUGGGUGUGAUCGUGGAUGCUGUCUGGUGGCCAGGACCGUCACCGCCCUGCCAUCUCAAUUCGCCUCAAUUCUUACAAUGCAGUCUCUUGGAGCUCCUGCCGUUGUGGUAGCAGAUAUCGUUGGCUUUUCCAAUGUCUUCAGGACCAUCACCGCCCUGCCAUCUCAAUUCGCCUCAAUUCUUUCAACUCAGUCUCUUGGAGCUCCUGCCUUGGUGGUAGCAGAUAUCAUUGGGUGUGAUCGUGGAUGCUGUCUGGUGGCCAGGCGGCACUCGUUUGCGGUCCCAACCGACGAUCUGGCUCAAUCAGCGUCCAUCGAUGACCUCGCCCGUCCCAAAUGCGGUCCAUGUGUCAUCUCUGCCAUCUGGGAAGCCAUUAGAGCGCUCUGCUCCCACCCUUUAAAACCAGUUCUCUGCCUUGAGUCAAGAAUUUAUCAACCUCCCUCUACCAUGCCUCCCAAACGGACUUCUUCCACCCAAAAGCGCGCUAACCAGCGGACGGAAACUGCAUCUACGGACUUCGUGAUGCGUACCCGCAGUGGUUUGCCCAUCAACCAGCGCAUGAUAUUAAUAUUUAUUGUCUUGGACAGAACAACACUAAAACGGACCUCGGUCACGAACUUCGAUGACUACAGCGCCCUCCUUUCCCGGCGCGCAAAAAUUUCCACUGCUACCACAGAUCCGCGCAUUGACACUGAGUCUGAAACCCAAGACCACCCCAAGAUCGACGACCCUGUCACAGAAGAUGAGAGCAACGGUGAAGGAGAAUUGGAGGCUCACAAGGGCGAUCCUGUAGAUGAUCCCAAGGCCUGUGAAUCCUUACCUGUCUCUGAUACUCCAGAGGAUGAAGACGCUUCCUCGGAUGGCACCCCUUCCACAGAUAACAACUACCCAUAUGCAAAUCGACGAGCAAGGUCACGAGCUGAACAUCGUGCAAAGCUCGCUGCACGUGAUCUUUUUCCUCCAGACAAGGAGUCUGACAAAGGUGACGAUGAAUAUCAAGAAGAUGAAGAAGACGAGGACGAAGAAGUUCCUGCGCCUCCGUCGAAGGCGAAGUUAUUCAAGAAGCGUGCGCUCUCCAACACUUCCCCAAAAAACUCCACAGUUAUAGAGACUUCCUUGACCGCCCCGGUACAACACCGUGCAAAGCUUGCUGGGCGUGAUCUUUCUCCUCUGGAAGAGGAGUCUGACGGGGAUGACGAUGAAUAUAAAGAAGAUGAAGAAGCCUCUGACGAAGAAGAUGAAGUAGCCUCUGACGAAGAAGCACCCGCGCCUCCAUCAAAGGCAAUGUUGUUCAAGAAGAGCGCGCUCUCCAACACUCUUCCCCCAAGCGCUCUGCCAAAAAACUCCAUGGCAAUGGAGACUGCCUCGCCUACCCCGCAACUUUAUUCAUUUGAUGAUGUCGGUGAAGACCUUCCCAUUGCUUCUAGACCUGGGCGGCUGUGCCAGGAAGGUGUACAUGAUGCGCAGGAGCUCGGGCGCAAGACACUUGAGGCUGCCAAGGCAAUUGGGGCCAAGUAUGGAAAAUCUGCACGUACAAUACUCAUUGAGGCCGGGUUGUCUGUGAAGCACUCCAGGGCCGAGACCCCAUGGAACAUGCACCAAGGAUGGUACAAGAGUAAAUAUCCUCGAGAAAAAGAUGAACAACUUAGUGAUUGGAAAAAGAGGCAGCGCGACCACUACUACAGCCUCCCAGAUGAUGACCCGCUGUGGGAUGAUGUACAAGCAUACCACGAGGUUCACUUAGGCGGUGCCAAUAACAAUCAGUCGCGUGCCAGCAUUGUUAUGUCUACAAGGGACGCACUCGCUAAGCGUUUCGCAGCUUAUUCUCGUCUAGAAGGCAUUGAGGUCAUUGGCUGUGUCUUCGAUUCGACUCCUGAUGAGGCGGCCCGACAGGCCUCUGGUUUUGUCGCAGGCUCUUCCACCUUUAUGGAUCUCAUCAAUGAACGCCAAGUGGACGCCCGCCUCGCUUUAGAUUGGAUUAUCACCGCAGUGAAAGUAAAAAACUACCAGCUAGUACUGCCGCGGUUCAGUGGGGCUUAUGAUAUUUUGUUUUCGAAGCCUGGUGAAGCCCCACGGGAUCGUUACCGACAUAUCUGGUCAGUCAUGGUGCUUGAGAAGCUAGAACAAUUCGGCUAUAAACCCAAGUCUGUCCAGUGGCGGAAGCUACUCGAUGUUGCAUACCAGAACAAGUUUCAAUUCGAACUCUGGCCUGAUGGUGUUCAUCCGGUUGGCCCAGACUUCAACUACCACACCCUCAGCGCUCAACAACUGAAGCUACUCGUCGUGCCUUACAUCAAGCGCAAGGCAACACAGUAUUAUGACGCCGAACUGAAGACAGAAGCUACUAAUCUACUCGAACUUCGGCGUAAGCAAGGACGCAGUGAUAAAACUCUUGAUGAUAUCAUUGACGAGUUGGAUGUCACUGUGUCCGAGAUUGAUAUUGUUCCUUGGCCGCAAGAUCACAUUGACCAAUGUGAAAAUGACGACCCUAGGAUGUUCGAUAUUCCUUUGGUCACCAGCGCUUCCCACAUCGUGCUCCGCAAACUAGCGGACUCCGAGAAAUUCAAGUACUCCGUCCCAAAAAUGUUGCUGGAACAGUACAAGGAAGCAACAUCAACCACUCAACAACAGACUCACCGUGCUGCUCGAGGAUUUUCUAUUGUUCACGAGGACCACCACAGCAACAACGAUCCGCCCCGUACAGAACACCACCCAGCGGUACUUCAGCCGCAGAGGAUGCAGCCUCGCAAGCGACUGCAUGUAGAGGAUUAUGAUCAAACAUUUGAAUCCGAGGCUGAUAGCUUGAAUGCACCAGACUCUCGCAUCAGGAAAAAGUCGAAGGUUCUCAUCCUCAUCCUCAUCCUCGACCUCGACCUCGACCUCGUGCACCUACCCCUGGCUAUGAGCCACCUCAACAAUGGCAUAAUGUGGCCCAUUCUCGCCAUGAUUUUUCAGCUGCAGGCCCUUCAAGAGUGGUUGCAAGGGGACAUGAGAACUAUGCUUAUGGCCGGAACACUUCGUCUGCUGAUUAUGCUUGAAUAUACAUCUGUCUUGUGGUUCCAAACUGUGCUGCAUGAUUUUCACUCAAAAAACAAUGCCAGCAUCUACGAGUUUUAUUAUAUCUGGGUCAUCCCAAGUAUAAUUAUGAAAGUCGCGAUGGGCUAUCCCAGGGUCAUCAUGGCUAUCCCGGCUGAUAUAUAUUGGGUAGCUGGGUCACCCCAAGUAGUAUACAGGGGAAUCAUGAGGAGUAGUGCCAGUGGUUGGUUGAAGCUGAAUGAGAGCUAUGGUAUUGGCAGUUGUGCGAUCAAGAUAAUUAAGGUAGACUUCAUGGAGAACAAUAAUGGUGACCAGGAUGGUAAAGACAAUUAG